GCCUCAGCCCGGCCGCUUAUUGCACACAUCACGCGGCAACGUCCCCACGCCAUUGGAGGUGACGACAGCAGACGUCGCAUUCGCAUCGAACAAAGGGAUAUAGAAGCAAAGGACCGCCAUGGAAUCGUUUCUCCCACUGGGCGGCUUCCAGCUGCCCUUCCAGAAGCGUCUCAGUCGGCUUUACAAUGACACCAAGAAAUCGAGCGAUUUCGUCAAGGAGCCCGUCCAAAAUGAAGAAGACCCCGAGAUCAAGGCGCUGCAUCGCAAGCUGCGCAUCCAGAAAGACCGACUUGUCAGCUGGGGCCUCGAGUGGUCGGACCCAACCCAAUCCGCCGAGAUCGAUGAGUCUCUAUCAAAAGCUGGCUUGAGUGAGGUUGUGGGAAGUAUCAUGUCGACAAUCAAAGACAUUCUAGCUGAGGCAGAGCCAUUGUGGCUCAGCUCCAAGCGCAUGAUUCAGGGACCUCAGACCUCAAAAGACUCGAAACCACCACUAGUCCAGUGGGACAAGGGCCGGUUCGAAGAUUUGGUGAAUGACCUCACUGCAUCCAUCGACACUCUGUACGACCUCUCUCGCACGCGCUCAUCUGGCGCGACCCUUCGCCGACCACCCAAGACACCAUUUAAAUCGUCAACAACUUCAGAAGAUUUCCGUCCUUUUGAGUCAACUCGAAUGCAGACUCCCCAACAAAUCGACACCCAGACAUUAACUCACCUGCGACCCAGGCAAGGGGAUCAGGGCUCUAAUUCCCGCGAAGUUGUCUUCAUGAGCAAAACGGCGUACUCGGAACUCACUCAAGGAACUGCGAGACAACCCUGGGCGCCAUUGCUCCUCGAGUAUGCUACUUUCGACUCGAUAUACGCCAUGACUGGCAUCAUGCCACCAAUGGCUCGUUUUGAGAAGCUAUCAGCUGGGUUGCAACAAGAUCCCCAGCGAUCACCUGGCACUUGGACUGGCCUACCUCGCCUUCUGGGAUACUUCGAAGAUCUCGAAAAUUCCAGGCUCGGCUUGGUUUACAGGUUCCCUGCAUCCUUCAAUGCUGUCUCAUUCGAGCGCCUGACCAAGAAUCCUCUUUACAACCUCCCCACCUUGGGCGACCUUCUCUCUCAGCCUGGCUCAGAACCUAAGCUGGAAGCGAAGUUCAGAUUGGCCCACAAUCUGAUGAACACCGUAUUCGACAUGCACGCCCGAGGAGUUACACAUGGCGACCUUGUCGACAGGAAUAUUUCGUUUUGUGACGCCGUGACCACGGAGCCCGGCGUCAGCAAUGGCGAGGUAGAUAUCCGCCGGCCUUUGGUAUCUUCCUUUGACCUGUUCUCCGAGGACACACCUUCGUCAGCGCCAACCCUUUUCCGUCAUCCACUCGAUCCUCGCAACGUACCGACAUCUCCCUUGGCCAAGAGUACAGAUCAACGAGUUCUGGACCUUUACUCCUUAGCCAUGCUGUUGCUUUCAGUGGGACUAUGGACGAAACUGGAAACUCUUGUUCCCGAUGCUUCGACAUUCGUUCCGGAAUCCCUCCUGGAGCAGCUCGCCGUCCGGUGUGGUAGCCUUUACAUGAAGGCCGUGCAGGCAUGUUGGAUUGCAGUUGAUGACGAGCUUGCCGGACGCUCCAGCGGAGAGGCUUUGCUUUCCACCGUGCAAGUAAGAGCGAGCCGCUUCUUGGAAGCUUGCUGCAUCCUGGACGGUGUGAGCGGUCUCGAAGAGAGGCUCAUUCAAGAAGUGCAACAAGCAGAUGGCCGCUCGUCUCUCACCGAUCACUCUGUCACUUCCAUGUCCAAGAACAGCAAGGAUAGCAAGGAUUCGAAGAGCUCAUUAAAGCUUGUCAGCGAGAAACCGUCACCUGUGGAGGUCCCCACACCACUCCCCACAAAGGAGAUCGGAAAGGUUGAGAAAGAUGCAGAUCUUGAUGAUCCUUUGCUGGGGAAAUCUGCUACAAAGUCGGAUACAAAGGUCCGACUAUAUCCCCAUGUGCCACUUGCACCCGAACUUGUGGAUAGAUGGAACAAAAUUUUGAUGCCUCAGAUCAAUCACGCUCUCCGACACUUCUAUCGCAAGCACCCCGAGUCGGUAGAGAUUUCUCUUGAGUCGGUUGGGCCGAAUCCGCAAAAGACCCAGCCCACGGUGCUUGUCGUUUGCACCUCGGUUGGCAAAGUUCGUGCAAUUCUCAACAAGAGACUCAGCGAAUUGUUUGACGGUACAACCGGGUUUUCCCUCAAGGUUUGCCGCGGCCAAGUCCUCAGGUCGCGACGCCAGCCGAAUUCGGUAUUAAGGUCCAUGGCCCGAAGGAGCAAUUCCAAUAGUCAAGGUGGCGACAGUGUCGACGCCAUCAACCCAGAGUAUCAGGAGCGGCCGGGCAAUGGGGCAAGUAUCGGCGCUUGGAUCGGUGAUCGCCACCUCCCCCCUGUUAGUCUGGGUGGUCUUGUUAUGAUUGACGACAAACCCUAUGGAAUGACUGUCCAUCACAUGCUCGAUGAUCCGGAUCGGGACUUUGGAAACGACGAGGCAUUAAGAUGCAGUGCUCUUCCUGACUUGGACUGGUACGCUGAGUCUGGCGGAGAGAGCACUGCUGACGACGAGUUUGCUUACGACCUAUCGGACACGGAAUCAGAAGCGUAUUCAGAUUCUGAUGUAACAAGCGAUUAUGAGGACGAUGAGGAUGACGAAGAUGACGAAUACGAUGAACCUGGCGAUAUCCCAGGUAUCGAACCUGGUUGUGGUGAUGGAUAUAUCGUUACCCAACCUGCCCUUGAUGAUGUGGAGGAAGGCUUCUACCCUUGUAUUGAAACGGAAGAUGAAGAUCAUCUCGACACAUACGGCCUUGGGGAAAUCUACGCCUCAAGUGGCAUUCGCAGGAAACAGGUCAACGGUCUCAUCCACGAGGUCGAUUGGGCUCUCUUCGAAUUUACCGACAACCGCAUGCCCAAUGAUAACUCGAUCCCUCGAGCGCAAGACUCCGCGUCUCUGGAAAAGCUAGGCCGCCGAAACAAAGACGGUGCGGCAUUGCUGCGACCUACCACUGUUGCCCCUUCCACUUCCUUGCCAGGUAUGGAGGUCCAGUGUCUGGCACGGACGAGUGGCCUGCAGACGGGACAGAUCCUCCCUGCCCUUACCAGCGUGAAGAUCUACGGACGGGCUUCUCCGAGCCACACAUAUCAGGUUACAAGUGCCCGAUUCCCACAAGACGAGGGAAAGCCGAUGGGCAUGCCUCUCGGUAUUCCCGGAGAUAGCGGGGCUUGGGUCAUCGAUCGCCGACACGGACAGCUCUGCGGGCAUGUUCUCGCUUGGAGCCAGCGAAAACAUGCAGCCUACAUCUGCCCGAUGGAUAUGCUACUUGUCGACAUUGCCGAGACUCUGGAGGCCCACGAAGUAAAGCUUCCUGGGGGCGAGCCUGUGGUCAGAAUGGGCGGUCAGAAGGGCUCCAAUCCCUCAGACGAGCGAGCUCGGCAGCCUGACGAGGACCUGGAUGACCUGGUUGAGGAGGAACCGGAAGAUGACGACCUCCCGCCUCAGCUAACUUCCUUGGUCGGUACCAAAGACCGCCCUAGUCACCGUCAAGGGGGUAUUUCGAGCUGCAGUGCCAGCGAGCGUGGCUCAUCCAGCCCCAUCCGUCUUGAGACUUCAAGCGAAGUGGGAGGGAUUACGGGCCGCUUAGACGAGAUGAGCUUGAGUGGAAGCCUGGGGAUUGGUGUGAGUGGCUAACGGAAAUAUUUUUUGCUAUGUCAAUAUUGGAUAAGAAUUGUUCAUAUGUUGUUCAUCCAUGAAUUGGAGAAC